AUGGAAGUUGAGGGCACCAAUGAACAGGAGGAGGUCCACAACAGCAAUGGCCCAGGGCAAGCAGAAGACUCAGGAGAGGCUCAGACAGAGAAUAUGGGAGAGAGUGAGGCAGGGAAAGCACAAGCUAUUGGGAAUGAGGCCGAGGGAGAGGGUGAGGCUGGGAAAGCAGAGGCUGUUGGAAAUGGGGCUGAGGGAGAGCCAGGGGAAACGGAGCCUGCUGGGGAUGUAGCUAAGGGAGAGAGUGAGGCUGGGAAAGCUGAGGCUCCUGGGAGUGAUGCCAAGACAGAAAAUGAGCCAGUAGCAAAAGCUUUGGGGGAUGAAGAGGCACGGGGACCUGAAAUUACAGAGAAAGUAAAGGGAGAAAGGGAAACCAGCCAAGAAGGCCAGGCAGAGAUUGAAGAUAAGGUGGCUGUGGGUGUAUCUGGAACAGAGCCCAAGGAAGAAGCUUAUAGAAACCUAGAAGAACUGCAGAAGGAAGAAAAAGCUGGCACCUUGGAAAAUAAUUCCAGCAUCCCACACAGUGAGGGCCGAACAGGCAGCACUUCAGAUGAACCUCUCUCACCAGAGCCAGGGGAUGAAGAAGAGUACUGGCCAGAAGUCUCUGCAAGCUCUCCUGAUGAAGGUCCAGAAAGCCCCACAGGAUGCAAAAGCUUGGAGGAAGGUGGCACCAGUUCAGACACAACAGCUGCAGAAACUGCUAUGGGGCAAACUACUAGCACUGAAGCAGCCUCAAUGGGGGAUCAAGAGCAGCACCCUGCGGCUGAGGGGGCAGCAACUGCCAAGGAGAAAAAGAAGAGGCCUGCAUUUGACCGACGGGAACUAGCCAGGCCACGUAUGCCACCCAGAGCUCAGUCUCGCAAAGCCAUUGUGGAGAAGUUUGGAGGGGCAGCAAGUGGUCCUGCCCCCAAUAUCAGGAGGAUGGGAGGUGCAAACAGCGUGAAGAACAUGUUGUUGGAGUGGUGCAGGGCCAAGACUCGAGGCUAUGAGCACGUAGAUAUCCAAAACUUUUCUUCCAGUUGGAGCAGCGGCAUGGCCUUUUGUGCCCUCAUCCACAAAUUCUUCCCGGACUCUUUUGACUAUUCUGCUCUUGACCCAGCAAAGCGCAGAGAAAACUUUGCCCUGGCCUUCUCCACUGCCGAGAAGCUCGCAGACUGUGCCCAGCUUUUGGAUGUGGAGGAUAUGGUGCACAUGAGUGUCCCUGAUGCAAAAUGUAUCUACACCUAUAUCCAGGAGCUUUAUCGCAGCCUAGUACAGAAAGGCCUUGUGAAGACCAAGAAGCAGUGAAAAGGGAUGGUAGGCUUAUAUCUGAAGCCAAUUGGUAACUACGGAGGAAAGUUUGAGACAGAGAGAAGACAGCAUGGGAUAUGUCCUGGCUACAGCCCUGUCUCCAUUCUGUGAUUUCCUGCACGCCGAACUGGGUUGA